AUGCGGGGUCAACGGGAAGCGCUCCAACGGGGAGAGAUCACCCGGCCUGGUGCUGUCAAUGAUACACUUCCUUGGGCCUUGUACGCAUCGCGCGUCCCAGGAUGCGCCCAUACUUUCUCUCUCCCAAAGUCCUCUGAUCUCCUCGAACGGUUCGGCUCGAUAACAUCCGAAGUUGUUAGGCAAGGUUUAGAUUUGCUGGCUUCUCAGUUCCAGCUCUCGAUUGUUGUCCGAAGAUUCCACUGGCUCAAAGCUCCGAACCCUCUUCUCGAUAUGCGGCGCAUUGCUGCUCUACUUGUGGCAUCGCUGCUACCACUUGCCGUCAUCGCCGACUCAGACAAGGGAGAUGACCAAAGCCCCAAGUUCUACAACUCAGCUCGCCAUGCAGCCGCGGACCCUCACGUCUUUUACGACUCUGAAAAGGGCCAGUACUAUGCGUAUUCCACCGAGGGGGCUGAUGAAGGAUACCACUUUGCAAUUUACAUUAGCCCUGACCUUUCGACAUGGAGCAAACAUCCUGGAGGCGUCUUAAAAGCUUAUUGGUACUGGGCCCCUGAAACCUACUACAACGAGAAAACCGGAUGGUACUUUUUCAUUUUCGCUGGUCGUUUACGGGAAGACCUUGCCAAAGACCAUUUUCGAUAUUCCAAAUUCGAAGAGCCUUCCAAGCUAGGAAUCGCCGUCUCCCGCUCGCCUACAGGGCCUUUCAACGAGAUUCGAUCAGAGCCAAUCGGCUACUACCCCUAUGAUCCGAAUUAUCACGACAUUAACCUGGUCAUGGAUGAUCAGCAAAUGCUGCCGCCAGAAAGUCUGGCCAAAGGUGAAGCUGCGCCAAAGGGCACAUACAUACCUACCAUAGAUCCCAACAUUUUCUUCGAUAAUGACGGCCGGAUUUACUUGUACACCUCACGCAAUGCCUACCGAAAUUGGAAUUGGGACAGUACUCUGGGCAAAUAUGUCGAAGAAUCCAACAUCAUUGUGGUUGAGCUGGACCGGAAAUGGUGGGAUGACCCGUUUGCACGAACCAUGCCUGAGAUUGCGUCUUCUCAAAUAAACCUAAACGCGAACAAUGCUCCCGAAUUGCCGUCGAACAUCACCUCCUACAACGGCACUGGCGAGAUUGGAGAUCCUCCCCGCAAAGACGGUUGGAAGACAGUUAUCUCCUACGGCGCUGAUCCACAAGAUUGGGAGAAUUACCACGUGGAUGAUUAUGUCAAGUUCAAUGGCACGAAGAAGAACCGCCGCUGGUCGGAAGGUAGCACGGUUAUCACACGAAACGGCAGUGACGACAAGUCGGUUUAUAUGCUGACGUAUAGCGCGAACAACUACGAAGCUUCCAAUUACGGUGUUGGGUUUGCAACGGCAGAAUCACCGCUAGGGCCGUUCAAGAAAUCGUCUAAGAACCCUGUUCUUUCCCAAAAACCCGACGGAGAGUUCCCUAUCUACUCAACUGGCCACGGAAGUAUCGUGGCAUCACCUCCUCCAGACAUCAGAAUCAAUUUUGGCGCGCAAGAUGUCACCAGGAAAAGUUUGGAUGGUACAGAGCUUUUCUAUGUGCAUCAUGCACGUAAUGACACAACGAGGGACCGCUCUAUCUUCACCACACGCAUGAGCCUCAAUGAUUCGGCAAUCUUCAUUGGCUCUGACGAUGCAAUUAGCAUGAGUCUAACACCGCUUGACCAAGCCCUCCCCAAAGACACAUACCCGAUCAGCUUCCAAGUUAGUUGCUCCAGAGACCGAAGCCCCGGUGCCCGGUUUGACGUUCGCGUCAUGUCAAAAGCUGGGGCCUCAUUUGAUCUUAUGGAGGGAACAAACAGAGUAGUUUCUCUUCCUGGUGCCGUUCAGGCAACCUCCAUUAAACCCUCAAGACAGCGAGAUGGUGGGUACGUUCUAAACUUCAACACCACGUCACAAGGAGAUCAGAUGCAAAACAACGCAGCGUCGUUUUCUGAAGCAGUCAUGAAAAGCAACAUCAUGCAUGAAUCGAAAGAUGAAGAACGCAAAGCAGCAUUCAUCGAGGAGGAGGCCUGA